AUGUCAACUACAGGUUUGGACCGUCUGGGCUCCACUUCCCCAGACCCAGGCGCGUCAUCACGCGAUAACCACGCCCUUCUCGACAUGGUGGAUGGGGAAGAGGGGAUCACGAGAGGGAGAAGUCAUGGCGAAGCCAAAGGUGCUGCUGCGGAUCUAAUGCGACGACUUGGAGUCUCCCCUGAGCGACGAAUUAAAGUUACGCCUGAAGAUGAUGCCCGAGUUCUCAAGAGAAUUGAUAUGGUUGUUCUGCCUCUUAUGCUGGCAGUUUACUUCCUCCAAGGCGACAUCGUCUACGUGGCUCAACUAAUCGCUCAGUUUCCGCUAGCAUGGCUUCUCGUCAAACUUCCCAUUGGCAAGUUCACCGCGUGCAUGGUGACUCUCUGGGGUCUCACACUCACAUUCAUGGCUGGCGCACAUACUUUCCAUAGUCUGCUGUUCGCCAGGUUUUGGCUCGGCGCGUUUGAGGCAAGUAUUGCACCUAGCUUUGUGGCCAUCACGCAAAUGUUUUGGAGAAGACGAGAACAGCCGUUGAGAAUGAGUUAUUGGUAUGCCAUGAAUGGAUUUACAGGUGUUUUUGGAAGUUUGGCAACUUGGUGGCUUGCACAGCUGCCAUUGGGAUUGAAGCCAUACCAGACCAUAUUUGUUGCCUUUGGCAUCAUCACAGUUUGCUUCUCAACGGUAUUGUUCUCAUACAUGCCCGAUUCUCCAGCAGAAGCAAAAUUCCUUGAUAAGCAUGAUAAACUCAUCGCUAUCGAGAGAUUGAGAAUGAACCAGACGGGCGUCAUGUCGCGUCAAUGGCGGUGGGAUCAUUUCUGGGAGACUAUGCGAGAUGUCAAGACUUGGCUGUGGUUUGCUCUCAUCUUCAGCAUAUCUGUUCCCUCUGGUGGUGUUGGCUCCUUUGGUCCUCUCCUCAUCAAAUCAUUCGGCUUCGAUUCCUUUGAGGCUAUUCUGUUCAAUGCGCCUUUUGGUAUCGUUCAACUCAUUUCUACUGUUGGAGGGUCUUAUGUGGCGACCAAAUAUCACAAAAAAGGCCCCGUGAUUGCUUUCCUGGCUAUCUUUCCGAUCAUAGGCUGCAUGAUUAUGCUGUCCACGCCACAUACACCUGAUGGCAGGAAUACACUUCUUGGUGGUUAUUACAUGAUUUCUGUUUUUCCAGGAAUAAUUCCUCUUAUCUACUCAUGGGCUUCCUCAAACACAGCUGGCGACACAAAGAGCAAAUGUAAUUCUUCAGUCCUUUUCAUCGGCCAAUCCCUCGGUAACAUCAUCGGUCCACUUCUAUACAAGCCAUCCGAAGCACCCGAGUACCACAGAGGUUUAUCCUGGAACUUGCUUCUUUAUAUGGCGAUUGAAGGUCUUGUUGUAUUGACAAGCAUGUAUCUUACAUAUCUCAACCGCGACCACAGCCGUCGUCGCGUCUUGGCUGGGAAGGAUGCUGUGAUUGUUGACUAUAGCUUGUACUCACCCGAAGAAGCUGAUCGUCUUCGGAGAGCAAAAGCUACGGAUGGACAGACUGUUGAGAGUGCUAAGGAUGGAACAGUCGGAGACAGGGCUUUUGAUGAUUUGACGGACUUGAUGAACGAUGAGUUUCUGUACAUCUUCUAA